AUGGCCUGGCGGUCUUUGGGAAAAGCUUUGCACACGUCCUUCCGCUUCCGGGAGGCUGGUCUCCGCAGCAUCAACAUCUCUGAUCCGUGCUUUCAGAGAAGAAAGCGAAGUAUUGACACCUUUCCAGCGGACGAAGGAUGUCUGGACAGAAACCUCGGAGGAGUGUCUAACUCGGAGGAACAGGACAUCAAAGCUCUGCAGACAAAGAACCGUAAACUUGGGGAGUCUCUGGAUCAAAGACAGGUAAUUGAGGAUGAAUUACGAGAGCGAAUUGAAAGAUUGGAGACCCGCCAAGCUACUGAUGACGCAAGUCUUUUGAUACUGAAUCGAUACUGGAAUCAGCUGGAUGAAAACAUUCGACUGAUCACCAGGCGGUAUGACCAGUCAACCCCAGAGCUAGAGAAAUCUCCAGGUUCUGAAGGACGAACUUUGAAGCCAGACACUCCUGAACCUGAUGGAGACUCAAACCAAGAGAGGGCCAAGGACAGAGGUCAUCCGGGAGAGACGACAAACUCUUUCCUGGCCACACUUGCUAGCAGCAGCAGUGAAGAGAUGGAGCAGGAACUGCAAGAGAGGCUGGAGUCUACACAGAAGCUGGCCAAUCGUGUUGUGGAGAUUUACGAAGCUCUGAAAAACACACUGAAUCAAAUGGCAACUGAAAUGGACUCCGGCACCGAAGGAAACUGGCAAGUUGCUUCUAAAUUAAACUCCCUUUUAACCAGUGAAAAUGAGCGUCUCCAACUGUUGACUGAAGAGCUGAAGCAAAAGUACAGCCACAUGACCAGUGAGUCGCGAUCUUUGAGUCGUGCUGCGAACAAAGCCGACCAGCGCGUUGGCGAGUUGCAGACUUUAAUAGAGGAGCUCCAGUGGGACAUGGAAAAGAUUCGACGCAGAGAGAAUAGGCUUAACGCUCAUCUCGUUGAAAUACAAGAGAGGGUGAACAGUAAAGGUUACAAAGUGUGUGGGGAGGCCAGCAGUGUCUGUGGAACCAUCACAAUCAAUAAAAGGAAGUUUGAAGAAAUGAAUAGUGAGAUGGAGGAGAACCGUGAGCUGGCUGAUAAUCGUCUCACUGAGCUCCAAAAGCUUCAACAGGAUCUACAGAGCGUUCUGCAGGAAAACUCGAAUAUGAAGACUGAGCUGUUAACCAGAGCAGAAGGCAUGGUUAAGGAUACCUCUGAAUAUCGCUGUCUACAAUCCCAAUUCUCUGUUCUUUACAACGAAUCCCUGAUCCUCAAAGCUCAAUUAGACGAGACUCGUUCCAGACUGAACACCACCAGGACGGCACGUCUGCGCCAACUGGAGCACAUGGAGAAUGACGAGGUCACUUUGCAAAGGAAAGUUCGCACUGAAGUGUUCCAGCUGGAAGAUACUUUGGCUCAAGUCAGAAAAGAGUAUGAGAUGUUAAGGAUUGAAUUUGAACAAACUCUGGCUGCAAAUGAACAAGCAGGGCCGAUUAACAGAGAAAUGCGCCAUCUGAUCAGCACGCUACAAACGCACAAUCAGCAAAUGAAAGGUGAAGUCGUGAAAUAUAAACUGAGACUGAGAGAGUCACAGGCUGAGCUCUGCCAGGUUCGAACAUCGAGAGGAAGCAGCAUCCUUCAGUCCCAGUCAAGCACAGAACUGGAGGUGAAAGAGGAGACCACUUCCCCCACCACACCUGCUGUUUCUGCAGAUCCCUUGGUCAAGAGCGAACCAGACAACGGCUCCUCAACCCCCAGCAGCACUGGCGCCUCAGUUAAGCUGGAGCCCGUAGCAGAGCCAGAGUUGUCUUUGAAGGAGGAGGAAAAAGAGGAGAAGAAGGAGAAGGAGGAUAAGAAAGACAUAAAGAAAGAGGAGAAGGAGCGAGAGAAGGAGCGAGAACGUCCGACUCGCAGCAGCAACAGUGCGGUCAAAGAGGAGCGCGACAAAACCAGCAGCAGCAGUGGUGGUGGUCAGCCCGAGGAGGCUGAGCGCAUGGCCACGCUCGGAGGCUCCAAGAAGAAAGAGAUGGAGCAGCUGAAGAUUGUCAGAGCCGAGCUGAAAAAAGCCCAGGAGUCUCAGAGAGAAAUGAAGCUGUUGUUGGACAUGUAUCGCUCUGCCCCAAAGGAACAGAGGGACAAGGUCCAGCUCAUGGCAGCAGAGAAGAAGACCAAAUCAGAGGCAGAGGAGUUGCGCCAACGGCUUCGGGAGUUAGAGGAGAGAGAAAGAAGAGAGGGAAAGAAAAUGGCAGAUGAGGAAGCUCUGAGGAAGAUCCGCUCUGUGGAAGAGCAAAUCGACGGCCUCAAUAAGAAGCUUUCUAUUGCAAAACAGGAGGAGGACGCCUUGUUGAGUGAGAUGGACGUGACAGGGCAGGCGUUUGAGGACAUGCAGGAGCAGAACAUACGUCUGAUGCAGCAGCUCAGGGAGAAAGAUGACGCCAACUUCAAACUGAUGAGUGAACGCAUCAAAUCCAACCAGAUCCACAAACUGUUGAAGGAGGAGAAGGAGGAGCUGGCGGAUCAGCUUCUCACUCUGAAGACUCAGGUUGAUGCACAAUUGCAAGUUGUGAGAAAACUCGAAGAAAAAGAGCGCCUUUUACAGGGCACUAUCAGCACUGCAGAGCGAGAGUUGGCAUUGAGGACACAAGCUUUAGAAAUGAACAAGCGCAAGGCCCAGGACUCUGCCACACAGUCUGAAGAGAUGCGUGUUCAACUAGAGCAGGUUCAACAGAAGCUGACGCUGGUCCGAGAGGAGGUGGUGGAGAAUGGCAUCUCAAGAGAGAAGGAGUCCUUCAAUGCCCGCAGAGCACAGGAGGACAUUUCGAAACUAAGAAGAAAGAUUGAGAAGUCCAAAAAACCGGCUGAGAAGAUCAGUAACGGGGAUGACAUCCUAAAUGAAGAGAUCAAUGAGUACAAGGCUCGCCUCACAUGUCCGUGCUGCAACUCGCGGGUGAAGGACGCUGUGCUGACCAAGUGCUUUCAUGUUUUCUGCUUCGAGUGUGUCAAGACUCGCUAUGACACGCGGCAGAGGAAAUGCCCCAAAUGUAACGCGGCCUUCGGAGCCAAUGACUUCCAUCGGAUUUACAUUGGCUAG